CCCCCCUCCCCGCUCAAAUAAAAAUGGCGAAUUCAAAGUAUGAAUACGUCAAGUCCUUUGAGCAGCCGGAUUUGCUCUUACCAAACACGUGGAUCGUGAUACGUAUCGAUGGACGGGGAUUCCAUAAGUUCUCAGAUAAAUAUGCCUUCAAGAAACCUAAUGAUCGCCGUGCGCUGGAUCUCAUGAACGCGGCGGCGGAGAGGGUCCUGGUCGAGUUACCAGAUGUCGUCGUGGCGUAUGGGAUCAGUGACGAGUAUAGUUUCGUGCUUCACAGGUCAUGCACGCUAUUCGAGCGACGAUCGAGUAAACUCGUCACAACAAUCGUCUCCAUGUUCUCAGCCUACUACGUCCACCUCUGGCCCUCCUUCUUCCCCGACUCGCCCCUCACGUUUCCGCUUCCAGGCUUUGAUGGGAGGGUGGUGCAGUACCCGACUGUCCAGAAUUUGAGGGAUUAUAUGAGUUGGCGGCAGGUUGACUGUCAUAUUAAUAAUCUGUAUAAUACGACGUUUUGGACGUUGAUACAGCAGGGGGGCAUGGAUGCGAAAGCUGCAGAGGCGGAGUUGGCGGGCACACUGGCGGCAGAUAAGAAUGAGAUAUUGUUCUCGAGAUUUGGGAUGAAUUACAAUAAUGAGCCUGACAUUUACAAGAAGGGGAGUAUAGUCUUUCGAGGUUAUGAAUUAGUAGAGGCUACCACAUCUUCGCCAGUGCUCAACGAAGAAGCUCUGACGGCCCCGGAAAUGGCUCUAUCAAAAACACAGGCGGAGAAGGAGAGGAAGGCGCGGCAGAAGGCAAAGAUCGUCGUUCAGCAUGUUGAUUUCAUAAAGGAUGACUUUUGGGAACAGAGGCCCUGGAUAGUAUCUAAUCGCCCCGGCAAGAUAAAACCCGAGCCGUGAAAUUCAUACAUAUUCAUCUGCAUCCAUCCAAACCACCAACCACAUGGCUGUGUCUAUAUGUGCCCAUAAUAAACCCUCCUCGCCGAAACGCCUGCAAUGAUUCGCUAAUGCUGCUCGAGUAUCGCCGUAAAACAUAAAAUUCCAAAAGGGUAGACAGGACAAAUGUCUAGUCUUUCCGCUUCUUCUUCUUCUUGUCGUCUUUUGAGGAGCGGGUAUCGGAGGAGUCCUGGGACGCGGCGGCUGCCGCUUCGGCUUUCGAUGCUUUCCUUAGCCGCCUCCGUUCUUUUCGCUGUGCUUUCGUCUCUACCGCGUCGCUUUCGUCGGAGGGGGUACUCGAAGAUUCAUUCGCGCUCGACUUGGCUGCCCUCCUCGCCCUCUUCUCCAAUUUCCUCUCCCUCCUCUCCUCCUUCGUCUCCCCAUCCUUCCUCCUCUUCUUCUCCGCCUUCUUAUCCACCUUCUCAUCCUCCUCAACCUUCACCUCCAGAACCUUCACCUCCACAACCUCCUUUACACUCCCCACCAACGUCUCCCCCCUCACAAAACAAG